GCAGGUGACGGGAGAACUACAUCCGGCGGAAACUCUCUGGGGUCCUGACAGCGCGGAAAAAAGCGUUUGCUAAAUAAUCUAAGCAUCAUGUCUGGAAGAGAAGGAGGUAAAAAGAAGCCACUCAAGGCUCCCAAGAAACAGAAUAAAGACAUGGACGAUGAGGACAUGGCUUUCAAACAGAAACAGAAGGAGGAGCAGAAAGCUCUGGAACAGCUGAAAGCCAAAGCUUCUGGAAAAGGACCUUUAGCUUCUGGUGGAAUCAAGAAGUCUGGGAAGAAAUGAAAUAAGUGUUUUUAUUGUAUAUUUUGCUUGCCAUGUCUGGGAACACCUUCUUGUCAAACAUCAUUUGGGUUUACAGUGGCAAAUCUUUUUUUUUUUUUGUUUAUUACUGUUGUAUAGAUAAAGUUCAAGAAUAAUAAAGUUUGUAAUGUCUGUAAA